AGAUGCCAAGCUGGCAGAGAGAAAUAUAUAUACACUCACACGCAUGACACAACAAGAUUUCGUUAUCCGUUUCCAAACAUUACAACCUCUUCACUUCGCACUUCAUAGCCAUAGGACAUGGCUUCUCUGCUUCUUCCACUUGGUUCUGCUUUUGGCAAAGGUCUGUUUGCCAACAAUCAAGGCAUUUCCAGUGACAGGGUUCGAGCUCUAGUUGUACGAUGCUCAAAUUCUGACCAUAAAGCUGAAGCUUCAAGGGCAAGUGAAUGGAGAGAUGAAUUCAAUGUAAUUAAGCGUAGGGAUCUAAUGGGAUUGGUUUUUGGCUUUUCAAGCCUCUUUAUAGAUUCAUUUGAUGCCAAGGGAGCUGGCUUGCCCCCAGAGCAGAAGCCAAGACUAUGUGAUGAUACUUGCGAGAAAGAGCUUGAAAAUGUGCCCAUGGUAACUACAGAGUCUGGUUUGCAAUAUAAGGAUAUUAAAGUUGGUGAAGGCCCUAGUCCACCAGUUGGAUUUCAGGUGGCGGCUAAUUAUGUUGCCAUGGUUCCAUCAGGACAAAUAUUUGACAGUUCAUUGGAGAAAGGUCUGCCUUACAUUUUUCGUGUUGGCUCUGGUCAGGUGAUCAAGGGACUUGAUGAAGGGAUCCUGAGCAUGAAAAUAGGAGGGAAGCGUCGACUCUACAUCCCAGGAUCAUUGGCAUUCCCGAAAGGUCUCACUUCAGCUCCAGGAAGGCCAAGAGUGUCUGCAAAUAGUCCAGUUGUUUUCGACGUAAGUUUGGAAUACAUACCAGGCCUAGAAUUGGAGGAAGAGUAAGAGAAUUCUUGUCCCCAGUUUUCUUUCUUGGUUUUUUUUGCCUUUGUAUAGGAGCUUGAAAACAGGUCCAUGAUUUGAGUACUUACAUUGUAUACUUCAUUAAUUCAUUUUUUACCACUAAUACUGUACAAUUACAAAAGCAGUAUUUCUGCAGUUCUAUGUAGCAACAAUCAAAACAAGUCCAUUAAAUUUGCUUGACCA